AUGGAUGGUGGGUGGUUGGCUGCUCUAUCUUUCUGUUUCAAUAUCAAGACCUUGAAGCUUCGGUCUUGCAAGUCUAUCGAUUCUAAUCCUCGACUCGAUGAGCAUCUCGGUCUCUGUCCUAUGCUCCAGGAGUUGCACUUAGAACGGUGUCACCCGAGGGGGGAUCAGAAGAGCACUAAAUCUCUGUUUCUGAUCUGUGGGAAUGUUCGGGAUAUUGUGCUCCAUAACUGUUGGGGCUUCCAAGAUCAUUUGUUUGCCUUUGCCUUUGCCUCAAUCUGUAGGUAA